AUGGCAUCUAAUGUUACAGUUCAAUCAGUGUUGGAGAAGAUUAGUGUGGAUCAUCUGGAAUGCUCCAUCUGCACCAACCGUUUCAGGAAGCCCAAACUGCUGGACUGUUUGCAUAGUUUUUGCCUGCAAUGCCUGCAAGGGCUCAGACAGAGCCAAGAUCCUAGUGGUACAAAGCUGACAUGUCCUCUGUGCAGACGUGAAACCAUGUUGAAAGGGUCUGGGGUUGCUGAUCUCCCUAAUAACUUUGCAUUCAGUGCCCUGAUGGAGGAAGUUGCAAUGCAGGAAAAGCUACUGGAAGGUCAAGGGUCAGACAUCAAAUGUCAAAACUGUGAUGAGGAUAAUCGGGCCAUUUCGAGAUGCAUGGACUGUGAUAAUUUUCUGUGCCCAGAAUGUCAAAAGGCUCAUGAACGUAUGACUUUCAUGAAAUCUCAUAAAAUCUACACACUGACUCAACUUCGAUCAGGAGAAAUUGUCUACAAGAGUAAACUAAGAGAUGAAGUUCUAAAAUGUGGCAAGCAUCCAGAUCAGAAUCUCAAUGUCUACUGCAACUCAUGUGAGCAAGUCAUAUGCACAACUUGCUCGGUUCUUGAUCAUACAAAACACUCACUUACUGGAUUACCUGAGGCAGUAAAAAAAUGUAAGAAGAAAGUCGCAGAAAUGGUCCAAAAAAGUGAGACUAGAACAACAGAAUUGAGCACCACCACAAAAGCAAUGUGCCAAUCUCAAAAAGAGCUGGACAUCAUGUUUGCCAACACUCAAAAGAAAAUCUCCAAAAAGGCUCAACAGAAGAUUACAAAGCUGAAACAGGAGAUUGCAAAGAUCCAAAAGGAGAUUGCAAAAAUCCAAAAGGAAGAACAGAAACUGUUACAAGAGACAGACAUGAUUUAUAAAGACAAACUCAAAGCUUUUGAAGCUGUUCAAGCAACCAACAGGAAAGAGGUGACACAGACAGAGCACAAGCUGGAGGAGGUCAAACAACUCAUGAAUCAAGCAAGUUGCUACGAGAUUCUUGAACUUCAGCAGAAGCUCUUGCAUAACCUCAGUGAAUUGACAGGGAAACAGCCACAGCAAGUUCCUGACAAGUUGACCUUCAUGGACUUUGAAGAAGGUGAGAGGUCACUGGGGAAGAUCAUUCUGGAGGAAGAGCCACAGGCUGCAGCAAAGCAAUCACCAAGACCUGGAAGAUCGUGUGUGAAGGUGAAAUGGGAACUGAAGACUGAAUUCAAGAACUUUGAAUUAGGAAAUACACAGAUACGACAUGUGUCAGCACUCUCUGACAAUAACAUAGUAUUAACCACUUGGAUUAAUGCAUUAUUCACAGUGUCACUGACCAAUAGUCAACAUACACCAUCUCCUAUCCCACAAAGGCUACACAUCAAUGGCCUCACUAAUGAUGUAAGGUGUAUUGCAGUGAGCAAGGAUGACAAGCUCCUUGCUCUAGAUUGUCCAGUAGUCAAGGUCUUCAACAAGCAACAUCAGCUCCUCCAUCAGUUCACACCAGGUAGAGGGUCAGACAGCCAACCAACAUGCCUUGCAGUGGAUGACAGCAAUCUGAUAGCAGUGGGUUAUCAAGGCAAGAAGGAGAUAUCUCUACACAACCCAGAUGGAUCCCUCAUCAGGAGACUGCCUGCUCCAAUGAUUGGAGGUUAUCUGACAAUGUACAAUCACCGCCUUAUCUACACAAACUAUGGCAACCAAAGGUUGGUAUGUGUAGACUACUAUGGUACCAGUGUAUUCUCAGUAGACAUGACCAGCAACAUGCAGGGGGGUUGGGGCCCUACUGGUGUGUGCUGUGACAGUGAUGGCAGCAUCUAUGUUGCUGUGGAUGGAUAUCAAACAGGUGAUGUUCUGCAUUACAGUCCUGAUGGCAAGUACAUUGGAUGUGUGAUCAAGGGAUGUGGUCAUCCAUAUGGCAUGACAUUCACAUCAGGUGGUGAUCUGGUAGUGGCUGCAGGACAGUCUGUAAAGGUUUAUCACCGAGUGUAAGGACAGAUUAAUUAAACUGGGGCUAUCCAGUGUAUCCACCAACCACUUCCAUCAGACAUUGAACAUUGUUAUCACUGAAAAAGAACUUGAAAGUACACUCCCUCUAAUAACAUUCUACAAUACUGUAUAUUUGGUUUAUUUCUAAGGUCUUUGCUGUCUGUAUACAUGUACUUUGGAAAAUCUUGGACUUCAACACCAAGCCUACUUCCUUCAAAAUCUUAGAUCUAGUGGCCCAAUAAUGAGAGCAAAGGAAUGACCCUUCACAUUGUUUGCAAAUAGGGCAGAGUGUACAUUUUAAAAAUAUUACAAACGAGAAGGAAAGUAUUACCAUGAGAGGCACUUCAAUUUUCUCAGAUUCGUCUCAGCAAAUGCAAAGUCAAUGCAUGAUGUGUUUUCCAAGUAUAAGAUAUAUCCCUGCUCCUGUAUGCAAUGUAAACAUUUUGUUAAAUUGUUUUAUUGGAUUUUUCAAUUAUUUGGAAAAUUGUUGGGAUUAAAUGAAUGCAACUUAUUUUCGAAUGAGAAAGACUGUGCACCUCUGUGUACACAAGACAAAACUAAAUACUCAAAAGCAACCGGAUGAAAUAUGUGUGAUUUUGAACUCAAGCGAUAGUUUAAAAGUAAAUCAUAUGCAAUCCCUUGGUUGUCUCUUUCACAGAGCUUUCCGAGUGCCUCAUCAAAUUAAUGUUAGUUUCAUCACAUUUACAACCAAGUUGAAAUGAAAACCUUGUGCAUUCUAC